GGUGAGAAGGAGGAGGAGGAGGAGAAGGAGAAAGUGCCGCGGCGGCAAAGGAGGCGGCGGCGGAUGGGCCGGGGAGCCGGGAGGCAGGGGCUCCAUGGGGCAGGUUUCGCCCCCUUCGCCCCCCGGGCCCCGGCAACCGCGGGCAAUGCGGGCGGCCGCGUAAGAAAGCACCAUGGUGCCCGGGCUUCUGCCUCUGCGAUGGACCACAUCUCUUCUAUGGAUGCUGAAUUCCCAGUUUCCCAUGCCUGUUGCCUGUGAUGGAUGUGAGCUCAACUGAGGGAUUUGGCCUGGAAAAGAUUGUGCUGCUCACCUUUAUUUCUGCAGUUAUUCUUAUGGCUAUCCUGGGGAAUUUGCUGGUGAUGGUGGCUGUGUGCAGGGACAGACAACUCAGGAAAAUCAAGACCAAUUAUUUCAUAGUAUCACUUGCAUUUGCUGACUUGCUAGUAUCAGUUUUGGUGAUGCCGUUUGGAGCCAUUGAGCUUGUUCAAGAUAACUGGAUUUAUGGAAAGAUGUUCUGUUUGAUUCGGACAUCUUUAGAUGUUCUCCUCACCACAGCAUCAAUUCUCCAUCUCUGCUGUAUAUCCCUAGACAGGUACUAUGCUAUCUGCUGCCAGCCUUUGGUUUAUAGGAAUAAGAUGACCCCCUUGCGCAUUGCUCUAAUGCUGGGAGGCUGCUGGGUAAUCCCAAUGUUUAUUUCAUUUCUCCCUAUAAUGCAAGGCUGGAAUAGCAUUGGCAUCGUGGACUUGAUAGAGCAAAGGCAGUUCAACAAUGUGUCAAACUCAACUUACUGCAUAUUUAUGGUCAACAAGCCCUAUGCUAUCACCUGCUCAGUGGUGGCCUUCUACAUUCCAUUUCUGCUAAUGGUGCUAGCCUACUACCGGAUAUAUGUUACGGCCAGGGAGCAUGCUCACCAGAUACGAAUUUUACAGCGUGCAGGGGCGCCAACAGAUGGGAGGCCCCACCACCCUGAUCAGCACAGCACACAUCGCAUGAAGACUGAGACUAAGGCAGCCAAGACCCUCUGUAUCAUCAUGGGAUGCUUUUGCUUAUGUUGGGCGCCCUUCUUUAUCACAAAUGUAAUAGACCCUUUCAUAGACUAUGCAGUUCCUCCUCAGUUGUGGACUGCUUUUUUGUGGCUUGGAUACAUCAAUUCAGGACUGAAUCCUUUUCUUUAUGCAUUUUUGAACAAGUCUUUCAGACGUGCCUUCCUCAUCAUCCUGUGUUGUGGUGAUGAACGAUACAGAAGGCCUUCCAUUUUAGGACAAACUGUCCCCUGUUCCACCACUACUAUAAAUGGAUCAACUCAUGUGCUAAGGUACACAGUCUUGUACAAUGGAAAUCAACAAGAACAUGACAAGCUUCCAAUCCACAAUGAUCCAGAAUCCCAAGAGUCCUGCUUCUGACCAAGGUCCCAGAAUAUGCAUCUAGCAUGUAGGCGAGUCUCAAGAUAGUUGUGCUCUCGGGAUGGAAUGCCAGGUCAAUGUUGUCUACAUUGCCAUCAUCUCUCCUGCAUUGAUUUGGCACCUGGACCAGCAACAAUCAUGUGUUUGCUGACAAAAGCAAAUGGGCCAAGUUGGCAUAGGAGAAAAAAAGAAGAUAUUUUGAUGUUGCUGCAGAGCAAUGUAUAAACAAGUCCUAGUGCUUUGUGUAUGGUGAACAAACAACAAGCAAGAUCUUUGGUUGUUCUUGUGAUUUCUCCAGUUGAAGUGUUUGUACGCACACAUCUUUUUGUUAUGUGGUGACCAUAUGAAUCUCCCACCAGAUGUUGAGGUUUGACUUGAAGUGCUAACAUCAAGCCACAGUUUUGCUUUACCAAAAAUGAAAACUGGGACAUUUUUCUCAAUUGUUUUAAAUAAUGAAUGCUUACUCAAGAAGCACUUCCUACCCUCAACAACAAAAGAGAACAUCAUUUGUACAUUAUUUCCUUUGCCUCCCCCACUCAAUAUAUUUCUUUGCCCAUCAAAGAAGAGCUGAAAUGUGUCCCAUGGAAAAAUAAUUGACUGUAAAAUGAAAGUAUAGUCUAUGCAGCCCUGCAGCUCCAACGAGGCUGAUCUUUUAAAAGCAAAAUGGGCAUUGGAUAUUAGCUAGUUUCCACCUGUAAAGUGUUGCUGUUAGUCUCCUCCCGUAUCUUAAUGAGAUUUUUUAUGGGAUAAGUACGGGACAGCUUUGAAGGAAAUGUAGAUCCAGGGACAGAAGUAUUGAGAAAAAAGAGCUAUCCUGUAAUAGCGCACUAAGUGCCAUCUUGAUAUGCCUGUACCAGUUUACAUGUGAACAUCUUUUUAUACUUGAGGGAUUCAUCCAAAAAAUAGCCCUACUUGGGUUAAGUCAUGUAGUUGCUCUCCAUUCCUUUAAGCACAAGCUGGGACAGGGGCUCAGGGACAGUGUGAGAUGAACACAGUGCUUACUUGAGUGCCUUUAGGUUUGUCAGGGUUUACUGGUGGUCAUUCUCCUACUUGAUAAAAGGAUGAGAGCCCCGUGUUCAGAAGGUAGCAAGCUAUCAGCCAAAGUUAAUCCAAUGAUCCAAGCAACAAGAGGGAGAGGACUGGAAUCCAGACCUGGUAUUGAAGGUAACAGCAGGGCAAGCCACAGGGUUUGCUAACACAAAGAAGAGUAGGAGGAAGAAGUUUAACAUGGCAAGUGUGUUUUCAGAGGGAGAAACAUGCAGCUGACACUGAAGAGCAUUCAUUGGGUUACAGUGGUUCAGAGCUAGGCAGAACUGCCUUUGCUCCCUGAGGCACCAAACUACACGCAGAGCUGGUUCAACAGCUUGUAAAUCAGAGCUGAGAACUGUAUAGCCACGCUGCAUCUUCCAGCAUUCCUCUCUAUUGUCUGUACUAUCUAGGGCUGGAGAUAGUACAGACAUGGUGUAGCCCAGGAAACGAGGAGCCGAGGUCAUGCACCUGGGAAAUCUGCACCUUGAGAAUGUUUUCUUUUCCUAAACCUUUCCCAGAAUCUUUAGCUAUUUCUUCUACAUAGCAGGCCCUUUACUAGGAUGUUGUAUCAACUAUGUUCUGCAUGCAGGUGUUAUAGCAUUCCCUUUGGCAGGAAUCCCCACCCCACCCUUUUUUGCAUGCUGCAUCAACAGGCAUGGCUAUCGAUCCAGGGAUGCCUGGAGUCUGGUUUACAUGCCACUGGAAAUGUACCAGUCCAGACAUGGACCCGCACUUUCCUUGGCUAAAGAUCUCUCCCAAAGGUGGCAACCUUCCUCUGGAAUACAGAUACUUCGUUAUACUGCAUAAAUAUGUUCAGAUUUUUUAUGUAUAAAAGAAAGUCUGAAGUUAUUUAUUAUUUGUUUGUAAGGGGAUUAUUUGUUUCCCAUUAAAGACUUCUGAGUAUUAGAGC